CAUCAAUAAUGGCAGCAGUAUCUUGCUGCUAUUGCACACGGUCCACCUAGUCUUCCACUGCUUUGCCUGUCCUUUCUUUCCUUCAUUCAUCAACUUCCAUACCCACAAAGAUGCUUUCACCUUCAUCCUUAUAACCCAACUUCACAUCACUCCUUAAGUCCCAUCUCUCCUUAAAUUCUUGCCAUUCAUAGGCCAUUCACAAAUCCAUGUUGUCUGUUAUGCUUCAGUAGGCUACAACUGGGUAAAGAGGGAAAAAGAGAAAAAGAAAAUGGACGCUAGAAUGGCAAGCAUGAAUACUGUUACAAGCAUGUCAUUUGCUUGUGAGAAUGGAGGGUUAAAUAAGCGUUUCAGGCCACUUGUGCCAAGACUAAGUAUUUCUCCAACUAGCACACCAAUGGCUAAUGCAUCUGUCUGGUCUCAACAGUCCCAUGAUCAGUACAGCCAGCAAGUUUUCUCUUCAACAACUGCUACUAAAAACCUCUCAAUGUCUGCUGCAGCCUGCCUUCUUGACAGAAAGAAUAUUAACAAGAUGGAUGAAGAAGCAGAAGUAAAUGUUAAAGACAGAGACCACAUUCAUAAGUUUACUGCAGGCAAUCAGCAGCAACAAAGUAUGAAGGAGGAAGUAGAAAGCUGUGCACAGUCUCAUCCUUCUGGAACAAGAUGGAAUCCAACACCAGAGCAGAUAAGAAUACUAGAAAUGUUUUAUAAGGGUGGAAUGAGAACACCCAAUGCAGAACAGAUCGAGCAUAUCACAGCACAGUUGAGACAAUAUGGGAAGAUUGAAGGAAAGAAUGUUUUCUAUUGGUUUCAAAACCACAAAGCAAGAGAAAGACAGAAGCAAAAACGUAAUAGCCUGGCAGCUGCAGCAGCUUCUACAAAAAGAAUCUCCCUCGAGGCAGAAAACAACAAUACUAAUGACCUUGAAAUGUCUAACUCCAACGGUGGACAUGCCUUCUACAAUUUGCCAUUUGCAUCUGAGACUUCUCAGCCUAUCUUCACUUCUUCCUCCUUGUUCAACAUGCCAUUCUCUAAGGGUCUGUCUUCAUUCAGUCUUGAUCUGACAACACCACAGCUACCUUCUAGUGGCAUAAAAAGAGAUCUAGAAUUCAAAGGUUGUUGUUAUGGGUCUCCACAAAAACAGCUAUUGAAUGAUUUAAGAGUUGGAUCACCUAACAACAACACUGGUGCACUGUGGGAUUCUUUCAAUGGAGAGGGAGGUAUGAUGAACAUGGCUUUAAAAGAUGUGGUUACUAAUUCAUGCAAACGCAAGAACAGAAUGUGGCAGACUCCCAAUGAAGAUCUCAGUCUGCACACAGAGAGCAGCUCAGAGUCAAUCUGCCUGCAAACAUCUCAUCCCAUGAAUCCAUCCACUUUAGAUACUAAAUACAUUCAAGGAGAAGAUGAAGAACAAGAUGGGCAACUUCAAACUCUUGAAUUAUUCCCAUUAUCUCCUGAGGGGUCUCUUAAAUCAAAAGGACAGAGCAAUGACAAACCAAUGCCAUUGCACAUUUCUUCUUUUGUGGGCUCUCCAACACAUUCCAGCCUUGUUGAGUUUCUUCCCAAGUCUUCAUUAUUCUCCAUUUGAGUUUCAUGCUUGUCCUCAACAAGCUUUUCUUUUCCAAUUUAUGUACUAUUUCAUUUCAUGGUUUGUACAUGUUACCUUAAGGCCAUAUGAAGACGUUGUUCUUUUUGUCUUUCUA